UGAGCUGCUCAUCCUUUUGUCUUUGAGUGUUCCUGACCAGAUCUCAGGGUGUUUGGAGAAGCUGGCUCCCUGGCAGUUUGCCGCUGACUCUUCCAGUGUGGUGCCCUGGAGGUUUACCCUGGUUGUGUUCUCUCCCUUAGCAUACACUCACGGGACACAGCGGCAAAGUGCUGUCUGCCAAGUUCCUGCUGGACAAUGCGCGUAUUGUUUCUGGAAGUCACGACCGGACCCUCAAACUCUGGGAUCUACGCAGCAAAGUCUGCAUAAAGACGGUAUUUGCGGGAUCCAGCUGCAAUGAUAUUGUCUGCACAGAGCAGUGUGUGAUGAGUGGACAUUUUGACAAGAAAAUUCGUUUCUGGGACAUCCGAUCAGAGAGUAUUGUCCGAGAGAUGGAGCUCUUGGGAAAGAUUACUGCCCUGGACUUAAACCCAGAAAGAACUGAACUCCUCAGCUGCUCCCGAGAUGACCUGCUAAAAAUUAUUGACCUACGAAUAAAUGCUGUCAGACAGACAUUCAGCGCGCCGGGCUUCAAGUGCGGCUCCGACUGGACGAGAGUUGUGUUCAGCCCUGACGGCAGUUACGUGGCAGCAGGCUCGGCCGAGGGCUCUCUCUACAUCUGGAGCGUGCUCUCUGGGAAAGUGGAGAAGGUCCUUUCAAAGCAUCACAGCUCAGCGAUCAACGCCGUGGCCUGGUCACCUGCCGGCUCCCACGUCGUCAGCGUGGACAAAGGAAGCAAAGCUGUGCUGUGGUCAGAGUACUGAGGGCACCUCGUCAGGAGAGAGCGGAUCAGAAGCUGGAGGGGCAUGCGGGCCCCACGGCUCUGUCCUGGCAGGUGGCGCCUGGGCUGUGGCUUUGACCUCCAGAGAAGAGCCCGAGCCGUGGGGCGCAGUAGCCUGCCUGUGAGCAGAGCUCCCGAGGGUCGUGGCCGAGGUCCCGUGGCCUGAAAGAGUAACACUGAGAGAAACCUGAC